AUGGCUCCUCCAUUGAAGACUGGUAGUCGCAACAUCUCCUACACAUUUCUAAAUCCGAAUCUGGAAUCUCUCGACUGUUUGGUUAAGAAGAUCACGCCGGAUGAAACAACCAGAUUCCGUGAAAAGUAUGGGUAUAUUCUGAGUCUUCUCAAGAUGCCAUUCACCAAAUACGAGCAAGAAGGAGUUCAUACCUUGCUUCAGUUCUACAACCCUUCUCUCCGUUGCUUCACGUUCCCUGACUACCUUCUGGUUCCUACGUUGGAGGAAUAUUCUCUUUUUCUUGGUGUUCCGAUCAAGAAGGGAGAAGUUCCAUACUAUAGCACCAUGGAGGCUCCCACUUCUAUUGAAAUCUCCAAGGCUCUUUAUUUGAGCAAGUCAGUUGUUGAUGCAAAUCUCUCCGAGAGAGGAAGAUCUCAGGGUUUUCAUAUGGAGUUCCUCGUCAAAAGAGGGUGUGAUGCUGCUGAAGCGAAAGAAUGGGACACUUUUAGGGCUAUCCUGGCUCUAAGUAUCUAUGGUAUCCUAAUGUUCCCGAACGUGCCUGAUUUUGUUGACAUGAGUGCAAUCCAUUUGUUCAUUCUGCAGAAUCCUGUUCCUACACUCUUGGGGGAUGUUUAUCAUUCAGUUCAUCAAAAGAACCGUCAAAAGAAGGGUUUGGUCAGAUGUUUUGCUCCUUUACUAUACCGUUGGUUCAGAUCACAUUUGCCUGAACGUGGAGCUUUCGUUGAUAGUAGGCACACCUCUAAAUGGGCUGAGAGGAUUAUGGGACUUAGAGCCAAAGACAUUGUGUGGUAUAACAGAUCUUUGGAAGACAAGGAAGUUAUCAUGAGUUGUGGAAAGUUCAACAAUGUGCCCCUCAUGGGUGUCAGAGGUGGGAUCAAUUAUAAUCCCGUCUUGGCUAGGAGAACUUAUGGAUAUGCUUUCGUCAAUCCUCCUGAGCAAUCCGAGAUAGCUGAGAACAUUUUUUAUCAUGUGGUCACCGACAAUGGGCAGAUGGCAGAAGCUAUACAAGCUUGGAAGAAUAUUUGUUGGAGAGACAAGAAGCAUUUUGGUCAAAGGGACUGUGCAACUUAUGAAGACUAUACUAAGUGGGUCGAAACUGUGGCUAAUACCCAAGGGAUGCCUUUCCCUAUUAAGGAUCCUUUGUACCCUCCUGUUGGCGCACAACCCAACAUUGUCUCCAUGCCUCAGAAGAAGCUGAAAGAACAUUACGAGACUCAGUUGGCAGAUUUGACUAAAAGACUCCAGAUUCAGACUGAAAAUGCCAAUUCAGAGAAGACUCGUCGAAAGAAAGCAGACAAACUCUUGUUGGAUCGUCAGAAUACCAUAGAGAAGUGUUAUGAAGAGAUCAGAAAGCUGAAAGGCCAGAUAAGAGAAAAAGACCAAGAUAAUGUCCAAGUUCAAGAGGAAGCUAGGUAUUGGGAGGUGAAGAAUCGCAACAUGGAAACAAUGCAUUUCAGAAAAGACCUGCUGAUUCAAGAGAUCAUUAAGAGGCCCACCCGUGCUGAGACCAAGAAGCUCUUUGAAGAAAUGAAGACUUGGAGUGAUAAGCACAUUGGAGAUAGCCCUCUUCGCCAUUUGGACAUGGGAGAUCCUGCUUGA